ACUGUUCAUCUGUAUAUUCUCUUUUCUUUUCAUCAUCAUCGUUUCCUUUAAAAAAAAAGAAAGAAAAAAAGAAAAAGACAAAGAAAACCUCCAUUGAUAAUGGCGUCCACAAGCUCUCUCAAUACUAUUUCAUCUCUGAAACUAACCAACCCAAUCAACCCCAAUUCGCCUUCUCAAACCCCAAAACUCUUGGGUUUCAAUCUCUCUCACUCUUUUCCAUCUCUCAAAUUCUCAUCCACCAACAAAGACUUCUCUUCAACAAACACCUCCAAGAAGAAUUACUCCACAACAACCAGAGCUCUGUUUUUUCAAAGCAACAAGCCCGCUGUAGCAGAGUCUCCCAAACACACCAAAGUUCAAGAACUUCAUGUGUACGAGAUCAACGAGCGAGACAGAGGAAGCCCAGCGUACCUCAGACUGAGUAAGAAACCGGUGAACUCCCUGGGCGACCUCGUUCCAUUCAGCAACAAGAUCUACUCCGGCGAUCUGGAGAAGAGGUUGGGAAUCAGCGCCGGCCUCUGCAUACUGAUCCAACACGUGCCUGAAAAGAAAGGCGAUCGGUACGAAGCAAUCUACAGCUUGUAUUUCGGAGAUUACGGUCACAUAUCGGUUCAGGGACCGUACCUGACGUACGAGGACACGUACUUGGCGGUGACCGGAGGAUCGGGGAUCUUCGAAGGGGUUACCGGAGAGGUGAAACUCCGGCAGCUGGUUUUUCCAUUCAAGAUCUUCUACACGUUUUAUCUGAAAGGCAUUGCCGAUUUGCCUGAGGAAUUGGUUAAGGCGAAGCCGGUGACUCCUUCGCCGAGUGUUGAGCCGUCUCCGGCGGCUAAAGCCACUGAGCCUCACGCCACCAUUUCCAAUUUCACCAACUGAUCACCAAAAUCAAUCAACCUCUUUCUCUCUCUUCUCUUCUCUCUCUCUCUCUCUCUAGAUGUUUUAUUUAAUGAUGUUACUUUUUCUUGUAUGAUAGCGAUAAGCACAAUUGAGUUUGGGUGUCUACGAUUCAGAAAACAAAAAGGGCGGGUUGAGUGGUGAAUUAUCAAAGUUUCAAAUUCUAUUUUUUUUAUUUGAUUUUUAAUUUUAUAUAAUGUAAGAUGUUGAUUGACAA